AUGACCAAGACGCUGAGCGCCGGACUGGCAUGGGCGGUUCCUGUGAACCCAGCGACACUCAUCGACCAUGCCCAUGCUUACUUGAAAGUCGCAUCCAGACUACACACUCUCCGUUUGUGCCAUCGCUUCGGCAAAGGCGACGGCGUACACAUUGCAAGGCUCCCCAUUGAGAUCGAGCAGAUGAUUGAGACGUGCAUAACGCAAGCGCAAGUCAGGAAAGGCUCGAUGUCCUUGUGGGAUUGCGGCCUUGACUUUGAAUGUUUCCAGUCAGAGUGCUCGCCCAAGCAGCACUGUAGUGAAGCAACGCCGUUACUGGAGUCUGCGGAAGACGGCCUCGAAUACUGCACUGUCUGCGCCGAAGAGAGCAUCUGGGCAGACACUUACGCGAGAUGCGAGAAGCGUUGCAAUGCUCAAACCGUCACGAAGUGCGACGAGUGCAAGAAGCAACUCACCGAAGACUGCACACGCGGCUGUCGAGCAGAAUACGAAGAAGCCGCCAACAUGGUGUGCGCAGACACAACCUUAUUCUUCGAGGAUCACCUCGAUCACAAGUCUGCGUGGAGGGCUCGCAUUACGCAGGGGCCCCAGGGUGGUUUCCGCCAAUACGAUGAGAUCAUCAACAAAGCCUUCGGCCUGGAAGUCCAUUUUAUCGAUACCACAAGGGAUGUUCAACGUACGGACGCAUGGCCAAAGCACGAGAACCAUCGCUGGCAUGAAUACGAUGACCUCCAGACGACGCUGUGUUACUUGACCCUUCCCAAAAAGCUCAUUGGCACCGCCGUCUUUGAGCCGUGUCAGAUGGCGUGGGAGAUGAGCGAACCAACCGUCAGUGGUGGCCUCGUCCAGAUGGUCGACACGACUUCUCUUGUCAUCACCGAGAAACAGCGUCGACGAUUCCAGCAUACAAUGCAGGUUCUCGAGCUGAAGCCGCACGUCCAUGGAAGUCAGGAAUACAACAAGCCUAUUUCACCCAACACCGAAAUGCUGAAGCUGUCCGAGAAAGAUAAGGAAGGCACGGGAUCCGAGAAGAGCGGUUGGCCGCGGUUGCUGUUGCUCGCUCACAGCGACUAA